UCUCUUCCUCCCCUCUUUCUGCCUCCUAAGUCGUGCCUCUCCCUCUCUCCUUCUCUUCCUCCCCUCUUUCUGCCUCCUAAGUCGAUUGUCCGUAAAGCUCAGCAAUGGCACAGCUGGGAGCAGUUGUGGCCGUGGCCGCCAGCUUCUUCUGCGCCGCUCUCUUCUCGGCCGUGCACAAGAUCGAAGAAGGACACAUAGGGGUGUACUACAGAGGCGGUGCACUGCUGACUUCCACCAGUGGCCCUGGUUUCCAUCUCAUGCUCCCUUUCAUCACGUCGUAUAAAUCCGUGCAGACCACACUGCAGACAGAUGAAGUGAAGAAUGUCCCUUGUGGAACAAGUGGUGGUGUGAUGAUUUAUUUCGACAGAAUUGAAGUAGUGAACUUCCUGGUCCCAAAUGCAGUUUAUGACAUAGUGAAGAAUUAUACCGCCGAUUAUGACAAGGCCCUUAUCUUCAACAAGAUUCAUCAUGAGCUAAAUCAGUUCUGCAGCGUACACACCCUCCAAGAAGUCUACAUUGAGCUUUUUGAUCAGAUUGAUGAGAAUCUCAAGCUGGCGUUGCAGCAGGAUCUGACCUCCAUGGCUCCCGGACUUGUCAUCCAGGCCGUGAGGGUCACCAAGCCAAACAUCCCCGAGGCGAUCCGGAGAAACUAUGAGUUAAUGGAGAGUGAAAAGACAAAGCUUCUCAUUGCAGCCCAGAAACAGAAGGUGGUGGAGAAAGAAGCGGAGACAGAACGGAAGAAAGCCCUUAUUGAGGCAGAAAAAGUGGCUCAAGUUGCCGAAAUCACUUAUGGCCAGAAGGUGAUGGAGAAGGAGACGGAGAAAAAAAUUUCAGAAAUUGAAGAUGCUGCUUUCCUGGCUCGGGAGAAGGCGAAGGCUGAUGCUGAGUGCUAUACAGCUCUGAAAAUAGCUGAAGCAAAUAAGCUGAAGCUGACCCCAGAAUACCUACAGCUGAUGAAGUACAAGGCAAUUGCCUCCAACAGCAAGAUUUACUUCGGCAAAGACAUCCCCGACAUGUUCAUGGACUCAGCGAACACCCUGGACAAGCAGCUCGAGGGGCUGGCUGACGAGUUGAACUCCAGCCCAGAAGAGAGCUGGGGGGGUAUGCCUGAGGAGAAAUGAAGACUUUUUUUUUUAUGACCUCGAAUGACACUAAAAAAGUCUAUUUAUUUUUUAAUGAUGAAGCAGACAAAACACUGUUCUCCUGACUCUUCUGCACUGCCUUCUCAGCCCAUCAAUUCCAGAACAGAAAAGAUGGAAUUGAACUCCUCCUCCAUAACCCAGGGGGCCGAGGGAAGGGGGCACGGAGGCAAUGUGUGUUUAAACAGGUAAAAGAUAUGGUUUGAAAAUUCCUGGUUUCUUCUAAACACUUUGACUUCCUGGCAUCUAGACUCUGGAUGGGGAUCUUUUAAAGGCUGUUUCCACUGGAAAAGCUCUCAUGGAGGAGGGAAGGCAAAUCCACUCUAGGUGAUUUGGUUUCUUCUUCUAGGGGAAAGAUGGCUGAGUUAAUGUAUGCCUAUCACUCAGGUUGAAGGGAAGGACAAAGUGUAGAGUGAGAAGGCGACAAAAUGAACGGUGAGAUUUGCCUGUGAAUUUGCUGGAAAUCAGCUCCACCAAGUGUGUUUUUGUUUUUUAAAUGCUGUUUCUUUCUGAAUAUGUUCAUUUUCCGGAGCCCUCAAAGAAGAACUGGUGCUAGUUUUUCUUACACUGCCCACUCUGUGGAUAUGAAAGAUUAAAUAGAAUCUGACUCUUGAUUUUGUAGGUUGUCUUUCUGACACCCAGGCUUUUGAAACUUUAAUUUCCCCCUUCUCCUGUUUUGUGGGUUUUUUGUAAGCAAAUAAGCAACGCACACUAGUGUCAUUGUGCAGUGGAAGAGCAGCUACACACCAAUCAGAUGUCAGCUCAUGAAGAUGAACCUGCCAGCUGUCUCCUCUGAAACGAUGUGGGCAAUUCUGAAUUUACCUUUUAAGAGCAAAAACCUAAUUAUGAGGAAGCCUCGAUACAAAUGGGUUCUGACAGUGGUAUUUGAGGAAAUCUGUUUUCUCAAUUAAUCUUUCUUUUUGCAUCUGAACAUACAUCUACCUUCCCUCAGUUAAGGAACAUUUCCCAAGUGUUGUGCUUUUAUUUAGGAUCCACUUCUUAGGUGCCCAGGAUCCUAAAGUCUCCCUGUUCUCCCUCCUCUUCCCCCGGUGCAGCUUUGAAAAUGUAAGUCAAGGCCCGCAAUCACCUCUAGAUCUAUGGGGAGGGUCUCAAAUGUAAAAUGUGAUGUGUUUUCCAUCCGGUCUUCCUCUGGAAAGUUUUGAACCAUCCUGAGAGUCUAGCAGGUGACUGGAGGGAGACUUUCUAAACCGAGAACCUUCCUAGUGGAACGGUGCCAUUAAUGAGUUGAAUUGACCUGUGGACUGUUGUGGACAGUCACGUGGCAUCACUUGGGGCUCAGCCAUGCUUGUCUCAGGCAUCCUAACCCUAGCGCAGAAGUAGCUUUCAACUGUGCUUACUGGGAGUUCAGGGAUGGACCAAACUGUCCGAUCAAGAUGACUCAAAGGGCCAGCCCUUCGAGUCCUAAAUGUCAGUGUCUGUUCUAAAACUUGUGACCAAAUCAUUCCUCUCUAUCUUUCCCCAGCCCCCAUCUUGCUGCUUAGCAGAGCUUUUGACUCAGGAUAUAGACUGAGCAGAAAAACACCUGUCGAGUGGUGAGGAAUCCCCCUGGUCAAGUAUUCCUUGCAAAACAAGAUUUUGUAUUCUUCAUCCCCAGGACACGCUAUCCCUGAUUCCAGCACCACAUGGUCUUCCUCAAGGAGCAUUCUCCUCCCUUGAAAAUAUCAUCAGCUGACUGCCAAUAUAUUAGCCCAAAUUCAUCCUCUGGACUUGUGCAUGUAUACACUCUUAAUCGUCUCCUCGGGCUCAAGAAAAUCCAGGCACUAGCAUUUGUCCUGCCAAUCCAGUCAGUGCUGUUUAGCAGCAAAAUACAUCAGGCAGCCAUUUUCUCUUUAUCUCUGCCACCCACUCUUUGGGCUCUGAAGUUUGGGACUGAGUUAGAGAUCUGGAGGCCAGGGAGAAUCUCACUACAUUUGUCAGGCAGUUCCCUUCUUCCUCUAAACACACCUGGGCAGCAAGGGAGCUGCAUCUCAGUCCAUUAAGUAUUCACAUCCUUUCCACUUUCUAAUAUGUUUAUUGUGAAUAAUACUUGCUGAGCAAAUCUGAUCUCUAGAGAAUGUUUGAAUUUUAAAACAUGCAAUGUGAAGGUAGCCAGCUUGCAAAAAUAUUUUUAGCUGUGUAAACUGAAAGAGCAACCAAAUGUGUCAAUCUCAAGGCAUUUUGGUGUUUAGGUGAAAUCACUUUGAACUUCUUGCUCAUCAGGAUUUACAGAAAUGAACAUUGUACUGAAUUUAAAUGAUAGCAUUUAAAAUUAAGGCAGAAUAAUUGCAAAUGAGCCAAAGUACAUUGAUAGUUUUUAUAUGACUAAAGUGGAUUCUGAUAUAGUCCAAGUCCUUGAAUUGUUGUGGAAAAAACUUGACAGAUUCAUAGCAAUGCAAGUUCCAAAAAUAGGCAAUAUUUAUAAAAAGAUUUGUACCUCUUGUAUCAAAACUAUUCUGCACAAUGUUCAACUACUUGGUUGCCUUUCUAAAGGUGUUAACAGCAAAAUCCUGUUGGUCAGAGUUGCUGGCUUAAAAUGUAACAAACUGUGAAGCUAUCAUAGUGCUUCUGUGAUCAGGAGACCUGGCAGAGACCUUAUCAGUCUCUCUGCGUCUCUGGAGUUCACUCUCUGCUUGUCUGUUCCUAUUUCUGAUAAAUGAGGUGGCAAGACCUAGUCAUCCAUUUCUAUUUCUUUUAUUUCCCCUUUUCAGAAAACAAAUGAUUAUAUUCAAAAUAGUUUUCCUUCCCCAAGGACUUAGAUGAAUAAGUAUUACUCCUUGUGCUUGAGAAAUGCCUUUUGUGUUAGCAAUCCCUCAGAUAAUGAAGUUGGGUUGAUUGCACUGGAUUAAGUUUGGAGAGGAUAUAGUUCAUUUUUGUUGAGUUUCUUUUUGUGCAGGGGGAGUUUAGGUCAACACUAAUGCAAGCUCUGUCUGAAUUUAAAUGUCUAGUGGUCUUGUGUUUGUAAUCACUGAAUAAAAUGGGCUUUUAAGUUGUA